GUGCAAAACACUAACAACUUGAAGCACUUGAUCUGGGACUCGCGGCCUGUCCCGACAAUGUGGGGCCCCCGGUGGGACCGUCUUUUGCAGUAGACAAUCUUCUCGUUGGUCACGUCAACCAAGAGUGAAGGAUGGAUCAUGCCUCUAAGAUGGCCACCAAAGAGGGAGAGAGCACCGACUCCAUCUACCCAACCAUUGACGUCUCCCUCCUCUCCUCCUCUGAGAACGAACUGCAGAAGGUGAAGUCAGUCCUCAGCUCCUGCGGCUGCUUCCAGGCGGUCGGCCACGGAAUCCCAAGCGAGUUCCUCGAUAAAGUCCGAGGAGUUGCAAAGGAGUUCUUUGCUCUCCCAGAUGAAGAGAAACAGAAGUGCGUGCGCGCUGCGAAUGAAGUCGAAGGUUAUGGGGAUGACCUGAUAGUGGCGGAGAAGCAAGUGAUCGACUGUUGUUACCGCCUUUUCCUUCGGGUGUUCCCUGUAGAUCAGAGGAGGCUCAAUCUUUGGCCUGAAAAUCCGACAGAUUUCGGUGAAAUCUUGCACGAGUAUGCCACUAAGGUGAAGUCCGUGAUGGAUGAUCUCUCGAAGGUGAUGGCUAGAUCACUGAACUUGGACGAGGACAGCUUCUUGAGCCAAUACGGAGCUCGGCCAAUAAUGCAAGUGAGAUUCAACUUCUACCCGCCUUCCCCAAGCGCUGAUGUCCUGGGUGUGAAGCCUCAUUCCGAUAGGUCGGGUAUCACAGUCCUCCUACAGGAUGAGGAAGUGGAAGGGCUUCAGGUCUUCAAAGACGGGGCAUGGGCCACUGUUCCCGUGAUUCCUCAAGCUCUCGUCGUCAAUCUUGGAGAUCAAAUGCAGAUAAUGAGCAACGGGAUUUUCAAGAGUCCCGUGCACAGGGUCUUGACCAACCCGAACCAGCUGAGGCUAUCUGUGGCCAUGUUCAAUGAGCCGGAACAAGAUGGAGAAAUUGGGCCCCUGCAUUGCUUGGUGGAUGAGGCUAGGCCGAGAAUGUACCGAACUGUGAAGAAUUAUGCAGCCUUCAACUAUGAGUGUGUUCAGAAGGGUAAAGUGCCGCUCGAGGAAGUACGGAUCAAGUCCUAAUUUUGAGCUCUUCAUUAUUCUGUACUGAACCGAGUGGUGAUCGAACUAUCGAUGAUGAAUGUGAACUUCUGUGGCAAUAAUGCAUUCAACCGGAGUCCCAAUCUUAUAAGCGUUAUUUAGACUGUUUUGGUU